CAGUCCCUCCUCCCUGAACCGUUCCUACCCACGAUCGAGAACUUUCACCAACGUCUACAGCCCUCUCUCUCUCUCUCUCUCUCUCUCUCUCUCUCUCUCUCUCCGCCCUCUCCAGAAAGCCUCCCCUCCUCUCUCCCUCCCUCCUCCUCCCUCUCGUCUCCCCUCCGUCUCCCAACGUCUCCUCUGCAGUGUGCUGUAGCUCGCUGAGGACUCUGCAUCAUGGAUCGUCCCGGGUGUGUGUUGAUGGCCCGCUCCUUCCUGCUGUACCUCAGCGCUGCAUGGCUCCUGGCUGCGACCCGCGCCCAGCAGAGCAACUUCACCAGGCCGGUCUUCCAGUGCGGCGGUGACCUGGUGUCGGACUCCGGCUUCGUGGGCAGUGAGGACUUCCCCAGCUACUACAAACCCAACAGCAAGUGCACCUGGCGCAUCACGGUCCCCGAAGGCAACGUGGUCAUGCUGACGUUCCGUGUGAUGGACCUGGAGGCGGACUCGCUCUGUCGCUAUGACUACCUGGACGCGUACAACGGCCACUCCAACAUGCAGCAGAAGCUGGGGCGCUUCUGUGGAACGUUCCGGCCCGGCGCGCUGAUCUCCACCAGCAACACCCUGAUGCUGGACAUGGUCUCCGACGACGGGAACCAGGGCCGCGGCUUCGUGGCCUACUUCAGCGGCAUCGCGCUCACCGCUGACGAGCAACAGUUCUGCGGGGGGAGGAUCACCAAGGCCCAGGGAGAGAUCACCACGCCCGGCUGGCCCAUGAACAAGUACCCGCCAGGGACCAGCUGCUCCUGGCUCAUCACCGUGGACCCGGGCAUGGUCAUCAUGGUGAAGUUUGAUAAGUUCCUGCUGGAGGCAGACACCUACUGCCGCUUCGACUACGUGGCCUUCUUCAACGGUGGGGAGAGAGACAACUCCCGACUGAUCGGGAAGUUCUGCGGCGACAGAGCGCCUGAGCCGCUGGUUUCCAACGGCAACGUGCUGCUGGUCCAGUUUGUGUCUGACCUCAGCGUGACCUCCGACGGCUUCUUGGCGAGCUACACCGCCGUCCCCCACGGCACCGCCGUCGACUCCGCCCCCAGGCUGGACCGGCCCGUUACCAGGACGACCACCACCCGCGCCCCCACCACCACCCGCGCCCCCACCACCACCACCACUACCGUGAAGCCCAGGGGGGUGAAGCCCCCCCGGACCCGGACCAGGGUCACACCGGGCCUGAACGGAGCCCCCAGACCCGGGAACGGGAAGAGACCGGUGAUGGGGAACCCGCUGUGUGCCAAGGCCUGCAAGAGGGACGGAACCAUCAAGACCAGCUACUGCGCCAGCGAAUUUGUGCUGACGGGUAAGGUCACGGCCCUGACCCCGGGGCCCCGGGGGUCCGUGCACGUGAGCGUGACCCUCAUCAGGACCUACAAGGAGGGCCGUCUGUCCGUCACCGAGGGCGCUGCCCGCACCGUCAAGAUGGUGGCGCAGUGCAGGAAGUGCCCGGUGCUGAGGAAAGGGGCGGACUACAUCCUGAUGGGCGGGGUCGAUGAGGACGGCCGCGGCACGCUGAGCCACGGGGCCUUCACCGCCCUCUACAAGACCCCCCACGGCAAGCUGCUGACCAGCCUGGCCAAGCAGCCCUGUUAACCAGGCCACCAAGACUACACCACCCACAACCUGCCGACCAGCCUGGGCAAGCAGCCCUGUUAACCAGGCCUACACCACCCACUAGGACUAAACCACCCUCUAGGACAACACCACCCACCAGGCCUACACCACCCACUAGGACAACACCACCCACCAGGCCUACACCACCCACCAGGCCUUCACCACCCAAUAGGACAACACCACCCACCAGGCCUACACCACCCAAUAGGAGAACACCACCCACCAGGCCUACACCACCCACUAGGACAACACCACCCACCAGGCCUACACCACCCACCAGGCCUUCACCACCCAAUAGGACAACACCACCCACCAGGCCUACACCACCCAAUAGGAGAACACCACCCACCAGGCCUACACCACCCAAUAGGCCUACACCAGCCACAAACGCUUACACCACCCACUAGGCCUACACCACCCACCAGGGCUACACGCAAUCUACCCAACCCACCACCCUGUUAACCCUACCAGGCCUACACCACCCACAGCCAGGCCCUGGUAACCCCAAAACCUUUGAAGGACUGAGACCCCCCACACCACCACCACAUUUCACAACAUCGAAAUCCAGGGAUCGUACCAACAAAUGGAAACUGUAUUCUAGCAAUAAGAUGUGUUUGUGGCAAACCAACAGUUUUCCCUUCACCGCAGUGGAAUAUACCACUUUGUCUUACGUAAGAACACAUUCCUGACUUUAAAUUGUAAUUUAUGUAUAAAUAAAGGAUUUAUAAGUCGUUA